AUGUCCUUCUCCAGCCUCAGAGCUCACAGAAAACCUCAGAGCUCACAGAGGAUCUCAGAGCUCAAAGAGGACCUCAAAGCUCACAGAGGACCUCAAAGCUCACAGAGGAUCUCAGAGCUCACAGAGGAUCUUAAAGCUCACAGAGGAUCUCAAAGCUCACAGAGGACCUCAAAGCUCACAGAGGAUUUCAGAGCUGGUUGCAGAGGAAAUCCCGCGGUGAGGAAUGAGAAGGGACAGAUCUGGCUCCGGAGAGAUGGCGAGAGAGCGCGCGUCAUCUACGCAGCUCAAAUCCAAUCACGAUUCAGAGAAAACUCUGGUACCUCGCUUUCUAACCACUCAACACAGUUCAUUACACGCUGGACUGACAGGACAUUUUGGGAGAAGCUGUUCUUCUCAGUGGGAGAUCUCAAUCUCCUCUGA